AUGCGGUGGGGCAUUCCCCUGAAGACGAAGGAUGAAGUGACUGACGCGCUCGAAACCCUGAUUAAAGAAGUCGCCGACCCCGAGGGCAUCUGCAUCGGGAAAAUCCGUUGCGAUGGCGCAGCCGACUUCAAGGGUAGGUUCUUAGCAAUGUGUCGGUCCUUCGGGAUCGCCGUGGAGACAAGCCCCCCGUACGUCCCUCAAGGAAAUGCUGUCGCCGAACGCGGUUUCGGGACCGUCAUCGGUGCAGCACGUAGCCUCAUGCUUGGAGCUCUGCACCUGCCGCGUCAACUGUGGGCGGAAGCCGUCAAGGCCGCCAUUUACGUCAAGAACCGCACACCUACUGACGUCCUGGACGGCAAAGCACCACUUGAGGUUUGGGAGGACAAACCACUCGGCAGCUUGAAGCACAUGCAUGAGUGGGGGUUCGUAGCGUUCAAACACGUGGAAGCUCGCUCGCGUAACGAUAAGUUUUCUGCCAGGGCGAAGAAGUAUUACAUGGUGGGAUACAAUACAACCGACAAGACGUGGCGGCUUUGGGACCCGGCGGAACCACUCAAAAUUACAAACUCUGCUGAAGUGUCAUUCCGCGAGGUAGAUGCCCGCGACGUCGCUCGCCCCAUGCACGGGUCUGACCCAUUUCCCGAACAAGGCCAGAUUUUCCAGCCCGGCAUUAUCACUGGGGCCGAAACAAGAGACGAGGAACCAGACCCGGCAGAACCGAACGACGGACCGGACGAAGAACCGCCCGCGGUGCGCAAAAGCGGUCGCACGACAAGGCCGCGGGACCGUCUGAACCUGUUUACGACGGAGCCGGUUUGCUGA